AGCCACUGUUAUCAUGAAAGUCAAGGUGUAGAGUAGCUGACUUCAGUAUUAAAUAGGACCCAUGGAAAGUCAUUUAUUGGCGUUGAAGAUAAGUGAUGUAUGUAUCCAAUUUACUAGAAAACAAUAGAAGAUAAAGAUGGCGAAUUUCACGGGGCGGAUUUUACAAACUUACCAACUUGCGUUCGUUGAUUUCGACUCUCCGUGCCUUGACAUGCAGGAAUUUGCGUUUGUGUGAAAUUGGACGAUCGAUCUUUGCAGUAUGACUAGCAAGCUCAUGCAGCUAAUCGAAACUAGGACUAAGAGACCGGUGUUAGACGAAUCGGAGUUAAAAGUGAGCUCGCACUGGAAACUUAUCAAAACCGCCAUUCAACAACCGCAUGGGGACGAUCCAAAGAAACUUGAUGAGAAACAGUCUCUCCAUGUGGGACAUGGCGUUCAUUCAGUAAAUUCUCUGCCGGCUGAGGAAGAUCUUGCCUUUGUAGCGUUUAACUCUUUUAAUCAUUGCUUUGUUGGAAUUUAUAAAGAUGGAAAAGCAUCGGUUUUUCUGCCAACUGGUUACCGAGAAGAUGUGCAUAGCAAGAGCUUGAAGGAUCCCAUCUGUGGGAUAGUGUACGCAAAGAAACCUAGAUUUUAUGUUGCUUGGGGAUUUGACGAAAAUAUCAGACUAAUGUCAGACGGUUUCAAGGUUAUCAGUGUGGCAACAUCUGUGAGCAGAAUUUUCAGUGGAGUUUAUAAUGAAUCCUCCAAUGAAAUCAUUACUGGUGGAGUUGGGAAUCUUACAUGCUGGAGCUUUAGAUAUGGAGCAAAAUUUCUACUUCAGCGUAAAGUUCUGACAGAUUGUAUGCCUCCAUCCUGCCCCAUAUCUCUUCUCUGCUUAGAAGACACCCCUAGUAGAUCACAGAGAUGCUUUGCUGUGUAUCACAAUAAUGUGAUCAUCUAUAAUCUCCUGAAUGGAACAUGUGUUGGACACCUCAAAGAGCUUCAUCCCAGAGAGAUCACUGCUAUGUUGUUCUUCAAUCCACUCAAGUAUCUUAUAACAGGAGCAAAAGACGGCUCAAUAAAAGUGUGGGAUGACAGAGGAAAUAUCAAGAUCAUCUUUGUUGGCCAUUUAAAGUCAGUGAACACUCUAGCCGUGUAUCCAUUUGGUACCUACAUCAUGUCAGGCUCCAGUGACAAUAGCAUACGUGUGUGGAGUUUAGAUACCGCGGAUGAAGUAGAUAGAAUUGACACUAAAGAACCUGUACUGGGUCUUGGGACUAUUGUGGGAAAAAAUGACCUGUAUUCCUUUGGACGGAGAUCGAUAGAGUUAUGGAAGAUCGAGCACAUUCAUUCUGUGUUUGCAACUGUAGGAAGCAAAAUCAAAUAUAUCAAGCCCACGACACACCCAAGAAUGCCGACUAGACUGGUGUGCACUUGUGAUGAUGCAACAGUUCGCUUGUUGUCCCCAGGAUCCGGGGAGUGUAUCACCACCAUGUUGUUACCGAACAUGAGCAUUAUCGUUGACGUGUCGUACGCUGCUGCUGAAAGUUUUCUGUUUACUUUGCUCUCAAACGGUAAAAUCUUAAAAGCGUCCACUUUGACCAAUCCAUGUAAGAAACUUCAGGAGUGGGAUACAAACAGCAACUCAGAUGCUCCCUCUUCGUGUACUUGCCUUUGUCUUUAUGAAUACGUUGUGCAGGGAUUUUUUUCAUGUGCUGAAAAAGUGAAAUUUCCAACAGAUCACACUAUCAAGAUAUGGCGCCUUUUCCCGUUCGCCGAGGAAGCCCUAGCCCCUCUGAUGACGUUAUACUGUCAUGAGACACCCAGAUUCCUGUCUGUGGCUCACCACAAGCUCUGUGCGGCAUUCCACGAGCCGGCCACUCCUUCAUAUAACAUCGUCGUGUUCAAAACUACUCAAAAAAAACGAUUUGAUCACAAUAGCGAUUGGGAUCACAUGGAUGACGUCACAGGAUUGGCCAGUUGCGCCAAGAUGAGACUGUUCGCGUCGUGCAGUGCGGACGGCUCCGUGAGAAUUUGGGACGAGUCCAACAAACUUUUACGCUUCAUCAAACUAAAUGCUACUCCUACCAGCAUUUGCUUCUCAAGUCAGAAAGGCGACCUGAUUGUGGGCAUUGGGAAACAUCUGCACAAAAUUAACUACGCUAGUUACAUGCCUCAGUCGUUUAUUUUCCGAAUGGUGGCGAUGGAUUUUCGACGCGUCUUCGCUGAGGCGCCGAUAGAGAUCGACUCAGAGAUCAAGGGCAACCUAACACCUGAGGAGUGUCAGAGACUGGGUCGAGUCAAGUCUUCGUUACACAAGUACAGUGGUUUUCAAGACAUCUUGCCACAGGAUGAGAUGGACGAGAAAAUUCAGGAAGAAGAAAGGAGAAUACAGGCUUUUUCUAAGAUUCAAGAGCGAGAAAGUGAGCUUAAAAAACUUAGAGAUGGCACUUACCGAUUCAGUAGAAAAAGGCCUAAUAUCGAUUCAGAAGCAGUACGCGGAGAAGCGUUCGAAAAAUACCUGGAAAUAUUUUACAAACGGCCCCACUUCGAUCUUCCAGACGAUACCCUGGAGGACAGUGGGAUUGAUAACGAGGACGAGGAGGAACCCUACGCCCAAGACAGGGGAACGGGAUUUUUCUCCAUCAGUAGACAAUCGACAACGUCGAAGAAAAGCCAGACAUCCCCUGAAAAAACACCCAAAGCAGCGAUCGCAAGUUUAUCCAUGUCAGAAUUUGAGCCUAUUAAAUUACAGGACGAUUACGAAGAAAUGCCGGUUCUUCCUCCCGCAGAUGAACGAGACGAAUUUUCGCCGUCUGACCGGCCCUUUACCAUGGAAACUGAAAGCGAGAUCUUCUCGCACGUCGAGACGAGUUCAAGGGUUUCGCAUUCGGCACCAGCUCGUAGACUGAAGGAUUUCCGAAGGCAUCCGAUCGAGCCACCGCUCAUAAAUCGGGAUCGUGAUCGAUACGUUGUCCACGUUCCUAAGUCUAAGCAAUAUCCAUCACCAAGCGAGUCUGUUCAAAAGGUAUCACAGAGGCUUUCGCGCCUGGCUUCGCAUCAAAAUGAGGGCGACGAAGAGAUGUUUGUUAUUGCUCCCGACGGCUUCAUUCCAAACUCAGUUGUUGUGGCCAUGCUCAAGGAUUUGAGAGAAGAAGGCAAAGAAGAAGCAGACAAGUGGAAGCCACCUCAGUUGACCGCAGAACAACUGGCAGAACUGGAGAGCAGGAAAAAGAAACUUCCUAAAUCUCCAGAGAGUCCAAAAGGCAAGAAAGAGAGAAAAAAGUUAAAUUUUGCCCGUCAGUUACAACUGGCAUUGAGAGACAGUCCGUCACCUGAGCCUGCCACUGACCUCUUCAAAUCACCUACUCCCACACCUCCCCCGUCCUCUCCCCCUGUAGAGCCGACGCCUCCGAGGAUCCCCUCCCCAAAGAAAGAAAUCAAACCAGUUCGAUCGAUUGAGAAACUGAUAUCAAGGCCGAAGCCCCGAACUCCAGAUCCACCGCUGCCCAGCAGUCAUUACAGCAUGUUAACCAUGAGCAAUCGGACGUCUUCCGUCGAGGUACCAAUUAUAAAUGAAGUUAUGUGUAUACAUGAGAAAAGAAGUCAAAUCUUGGAUGAGCUUAUCUCGCGUGCAAAUGAAGAUCUAAAGACAGACUCGAAAGCACUUAAGCUAAGCACACCUUCUCCUUCUCCUCCUCCUCCUCCGCCCAAAGAACCAACUCCGACCCCUCCCCCACCCCCUCCGUCUCCGUUGCCAUCGUUUAUCACUCAGUUUAAGGGAACGCUUUGGUUUGACAAAUUCUUCCCUAAUGCAAACUCAGAGACAUUUCCAAGACCUUGGACACCAGAGAGCUUUGUGGAGAUUUUACUGACCCUCAUUCAGAAGACAACUGAUCAUGAACUGAAGACGCAGAUUUGCGCUGCCAUAAUGCUCUUACAUCGUCAAGAGGGUCUGGACCGACAAACGACCGAAAAGGUCAAUCGAACCAUGAUAGCUGAACUGAAUAUCCCGGAUCAUCCUACUGCACAUGGCCCGUCCCAAGCCAAACAGUUUUUACGCGUGGCUCUACAGCUGUCGCACACAAUGAGAGUGUAUGAAGUGUCCUUUGUGGCUGAACUAAUGGCGCAGUUUAUUGAUGGUGAUGAGGAAAUCAGGAAGUUUGUUCGAGAAUUGCUAGCAUCUAUAGGAGUACUAGACACUGCUGGGUACUUUGCCAAGGAAAUGGACUUGUUCGAUACCACGAGUAUCCCUGGGAACAGAAGGAAGGCUCUUAUAAAGGACAUGUGUGUUCAGUGGCUAAACAAGUGGCUUGGUCAGUUUAGACAACAUAUCCGAUCCCUGGCAGGCAAGAUCAGUCGCGCUCAAGCUGGCAGUGUAGUCAAAGGAACAAAAACGCCAAAGACACCCAGCUCUAUCAAAGGAAUUUUGAAGACAGACAGAGCAAGCUCACAGAGGACAACGUCCGAGAUGUCCAAGCCCACGACUAUCUCUUUUGACCUUGAGGCCCUCGGAGGAAAAGCCGCUGACACAGCGAUGCCUGCAGAAGCGAUCAAUUACUUCUGUGAGAUUAGAAUGGAGGAGGAACUGGAACGAGCGCGAACGCGAACGCGAACGCGAACACGAGAGAAGACACCCGUUCAGGCCCAGGAUAAUUCUAGAAGUACAGUGCUCGUCCUGCCAAAAAUACACAGCAAACGGAGUCUUACCCGACUUGGAGAAACACAUUGCAGUCACUGCCAUCCAGAAAGAGAAACAUCUCUCGCCUUAGCAUUUCCUUUACCACAAAUCUAUCAAACCCGUCGUAGUGUGGUGUUCAACAACAUGGUGCUUCACCUAAAAACUCUGACACUAAAUCCGUUUCCGGAUGAGAGCGAUUCAGCAGUGUACGAACCUUACCAACAUUCCAAUUUGUUGACCCUGCAUUCGUCGCAGAAAUAUUUCAUCCCCGCUCAAUCCUACGUUGAAGAACAAGACACUGAACGCCUGACUCAACAGAUAAGGAAAGUUCUACUGUAGCAGGUAGCUAAACUCGUUGAAUUCAAGACGAUUUGUGACACCAUGAUUGGGUGAAGAAAUUGAACUUACAGACGGUGGAGAAAGAAAGCAAUGAGCAGCGGGUUAGACGCUCGCAAGAUCAUCGCAAUUACAAUGUAUGAGAGGAAGCUUUUUCUUCUGGAUGUUGCGACGUUUUAAUGCCAUUGUUGACCUCGAGUUUUGUUAAGUACCUUUCUUCUUGGCGAGACAUUAAUCAAGUACGUUUAAGAGUUUUAUGCGAACUUUGGCCAAGUUUCAAAAGACUUGCAACUGACUCACCUCUAAAUACCGAGGAACGGCUCUGGCGAAGCGAAUUCCUUUUGAGGUAGAAGUGAGAAGAUAGGUAGAGGAGGAAAGUGUAACCGCAGUGAGGAAAUACUUUCACGAUCUGAGGAGACUUAAAUCCGAGCUGUUUUUAGUAAUGUACAGAAUCGAAGUUCUUCUUGAUAUCAGAAUAAGUUUAUUUUUUACCUGUUCCCACCCAAGACAAAAGAGGAAAAACAUUGCUAUGAUUUUCGAAGUUUUAUAAUCUGAUGCAUAUACAACAAGUUCCCUUUGUAAAUAUUUCACAGAGUGUACGUAAAUAUUCUCAUAUUUAUGUUAAAGAAAAUGUGUUUUUGAAUAAAGCAUUAGACCUGAAAA